AUGGAAGCUAUGAAAAUUGUGGACUUAUUUGACUAUGAAGGGGUUAAGAAUGACCUUGAAGCUUUUAGUCAAGUUUCUGAUGAAAAUAUAGUCUCUAGUGGUCGAAGUUCAUGUCGUAGUUACACUGGUGCUUCGGGGCUAGGCUUUUUGAAUGUUGAUGACUCUGUGAUUUCUAAUUCACAACGACUUCCUGCAGAACCCCUUUGUAGGAAGUUUUGGAGCGCUGGAAAUUAUGGUGAUGGCCUUGGUUCGAAAGUCGGCUCCCAAUAUGCAAAUAACUAUCUUCAUGUCCACCCUUUGUUCCUUCACUCUAAUGCAACCUCACACAAAUGGGUAUUUGGUGCCAUAGCCGAGCUUCUAGAUAAUGCAGUUGAUGAGAUUCAAAAUGGGGCUACUUCUGUUAAGGUGGAUAAUAUUUUAAAUCCUAAAGAUGGAACUCCAGCAUUGUUGAUUCAAGACGAUGGUAGUGGAAUGGAUCCAGAAGCAAUGCGAUGUUGCAUGAGUUUUGGAUUUUCGGAUAAGACGUCAAAAUCUGCAAUUGGACAGUAUGGAAAUGGUUUCAAGACUGGUAGUAUGAGACUGGGUGCAGAUGCAAUUGUCUUCAGCAGCCACAUGAAUGAUGAUGUGGUAUGUACUAAAAGCAUUGGACUUCUAUCUUAUUCAUUCUUGUCACGAGCACAACUUGACAGAAUUGUAGUGCCCAUGGUAAGUUAUAAGUGCGAUACAUCAACUGGAUACCUGGAAAAACUAAAUCACCCAGAGCAUUUUAGGUCUAACAUGUCUUUGUUGCUGGACUGGUCUCCAUAUCGAUCAGAAGCAGAAAUUUUGAAACAAUUUGAUGACAUUGAAAAUCAUGGUACUAAAAUUAUUAUCUUCAAUUUAUGGCUCAAUGAUGAUGGGAGUUUGGAACUAGACUUUGAUACCGAUCCCGAGGAUAUCCGUAUUGCUGGAGAUAUUCAGAAGAUUGAUACGUCUCUAGCCAGGAAGAGAGUAAAUGAGCAACAUCUUGCUAACAGGCUUCAUUAUUCUUUACGUGAUUACUUGUCCAUAUUAUACUUGCGGGUGCCUGAAAGUUUUAGAAUCAUAUUGCGAGGGCAAGCUGUGAAGCUUCGUAACAUAGCAGAUGAUCUUAAAGAUAUUGAGUAUAUUGUGUAUAGACCAAAAAGUGGUGGUUUAGAAGAGGCAUUAGUUGUGACAACAAUUGGAUUUCUUAAGGAAGCUCCUGCAGUCAGCAUCCAUGGCUUCAAUAUAUAUCACAAAAAUCGGCUGAUACUGCCAUUUUGGCCGGUUGUGAAUGGCAAUAGGGGUAGAGGAGUUGUAGGGAUGCUUCAAGCAGAUGAGGUUCAGCCAACUCAUAAUAAGCAAGAUUUUGAGAGAACUUCUCUGUUUCAAAAGCUUGAAAUACGCUUGAAGGAUAUGACAUGGGAAUACUGGGAUUGUUAUUGUCAUAAAAUUGGGUGUCAGGGUCAAGGAAGGAAGCGUAAAGUUCCUGUUGGCCCUCUUAAUCGCUCAAAGGAGAAACCUCUUGUUACAGAAAACCCAGUUGCAUUGGACAACUAUUCUUCACCUGUACCAAUAUCAAAUUCACAAGGCGGAUCUGAACAAACAUAUCUUACUAGGACGAAGACACGUGAAUUUAUAGAUCAAUAUGAGGUGAAAAGGCAAGCAGUGGAAAAGAUUGAAACACGUCUUUGCUGCAAUCAAAGUGUUCAGACCACUGCAUCUCCUGCAGACCAGAUAGUUGACCAAGAAACUGCAAACUUACUGGAAUGGAACAAGAAACUCAUUGCUGAUUGUUUUGCAUUUGAAAAGGCGGAGGCGGAACUUAUUCUCAAGGUGACACAGCUUAGGAAUAAAAUUGAAGAAGCAAAGCUUGAGUAUGAUAGACUUUUGGCAGAAGCAGGAGAGUAUUAG